AUGCACCCAGUUCACGCACCUGUUCUUCCAAAAAUAUCAAGGAAAAGGUUAUCAGAUGAUGAUAAAGAUAAUUAUAACAACAAAAAAGAUGCAAAAAAAUUUAAUGUUUCCGAUUGGAAAAUUCAAUUUGUCGAAUCUUACAAAUAUUAUGUAACUGAGGUGUGUACUGUGUGCGGCCAACCCGGUGAACCAAUACCUGUUUGGGAAGUUCGUCUUUGUAGAUUUUGUGUUGUUAGACAAUUAAUUAAUAAGAGUGCUUUAACCUCAUUCUCAUUAACAUCAAAAGAAUACGAAGUUCUAAAGAAACGCCAGGCAGAACGGUUUACAAAAGAGAUUACUAAACGUAAGCGUAAACAGCGUGAACAGGAACAAUCGUGCGCUGAGCGAACUCAUGCUAUACUUCGUUGUUUCAAAGAGUUGAGAUUGAAGGCUGAGUUGAGUGUCAUGGAAGAAUGGUGUACGAACUAUAACAAUAAUAGCAGCAAUAGCAACAAAAAUAAAGCAUCACGUAAAAGCUUGGAUGAUAUAAUGUACGAAUUGAAAACAGUCGUCGUGCCUAGAGUAGAAAGAUUAAAAGAUUUGAAUUUUAAAUUGAUUUCUGAUGGUGUACAAGUUGACAAGUUAAGAUUGGAAUUGGAUUUAAAAACACGUAAAUUAUAUGAUGAAUUUGUAUUGGCUGGAAGUACUGGAAGUAGUUCAGAACGCGAGAAAAUCUUUGAAGCGUCUGUUAAAGCUUGGUACAGCUCCAUCACAAACGAAGAUUUCUUGUGCUGUGAACUGGAACCAUCCAAAUUUUUACGUGAUGCUCGUGACUGGUGGGCAAAACGAUGUAAAAAACCACCACCAGAAAAAUGUGGCGAAUUGUAUUUGGCCAGACUUCGUAAGCGUCAAUUGUUAUUGAAAAAAGAGAUUGAAUUAGCUAAAACUCAAGAGAACUGGAGGCGGCAAUUGUUGGAACGGAAAUUACGUGAAAAAAUUGAUUGGUAUUUCACCGAAUUGCCUAUUUAUGUUGCUGAACUGAGAAAAUUUUAUGAAAAAAAUUUGGAAAGAAGGCUGUUGAACAAGGAAAUAUUUUGGAUGAAAGGUAUCCCUGCACAAUAUGAUUUAUUGGAGCCGCCUGAGCGAUUGAAACAUAUGUAUUGUGAAUAUGAAGAUUUUAUCAAAAAUUAUGACGGCUUUUGUUCCACUGAAGAUGGUUAUUGUGGUUGCUUAGAAUAUGCUGCAAAAGAUAUUGUCAGAGCAAAUACAGUGUUGAGACGUAAGGAAUGGAUGGAUAUGGAAUUGAGACAAUAUCCAGAAAUCAAUUAUAAAGGCCCUGAACAAUUGUUAUGCCCAGAAGCAAGAGAAGAGUAUUACUAUUCUGCAAGAAACCCAUCGGUCCCAAAACGAGCAGCUGUAAAAUUCAUUGCCCGUGCAGAAGAUUUCAUGAAAAAAUUAUUAAAAGAAGUGCCAACAUUCUCACCAGAACUAAUCACAGCCGAGGCAAGAGCCUCAUAUAAACGAUUUCUCGGAAUCGUAUCAGAUUUCUAUAAUCCUCCAAGGCGCCCUUGUUCAUGGACCGCCUUUUCAUCCAGCUGUUAUUAUUAUGAAGUACACACAAAUUCUCAUCAAGACAGUAGAUCAAAUAUCAGACAAACAAUUAGAAGAAUCAAGGAUUGUGAAGAUUCGAGAUUGUCUAGGUUGGAAAAGGUUGAUAGUAUUGCUAGGAAACAUCGGUUAGUGUCUAAUCUCUGGAAUAAAAGCGUUAUCAAACGACCGUUGGAUGGUGUUUCGUUUCAGACUAGGGUUAGAUGGAUCUCGUCAAAUACUUGGUUCUCGUUGAAUCAAUUAGCCCAAUCUUGGAUAUAUGAUGAGGAGCUUUCACCGUUGAGUCAAUUGGAACCUUUUAUUAAAGAAAAUGUUAGGCAAAUGGAAAAAGAAAAUCAACUUAAUGAAGAUCCAGAUUUCUUUUUAGGUGGAACUUAUGAAAUUAGUGCUAUUUUUAAGGUCUCAAGUCUUUACAAAGCACAUGUAGAAGAUGUAAAGAUAGGUAUUGAUCCUGAUAAAGUUGUAAGACAAGUGAUAGAUCUUAUCAAAGAUGUUAAAACAGGUGUAAUUAGUAAAAGUAGUUUAAUUGCUGUAAAUGCUGCUACUACGAAUACUGUCAAUGUUGGAACUAACACUAUAACAACUUUAACAACAAUUGCCAAUACUAGUAGAAACACUAACAACAUCAAUUCUAUUGGAAUAAAUUCAAUUUUUAACAACAUUAAUGCUUCUUCUUCAUCUAACACAUCCUCGUAA